UCCUCUCUAGUCUUGAUUAGGGUGUCAAGGGUUGGGUUUGAUUCGGGUUUCCGGGAAAGAGAUGGACGUCAGAUCAUAACCGUCCAUCUCUCUCUCUCUCCCUCACACGUGCCUCUCAUCACUAUAUAUAUAGCCCUCUAGCAAACGACAUGCCACAACAAAUUGCAAAUCGAAACUUACUCACAAGACAACACUCCUCAAAGUUCUCGAUUCCUCUUUCCCUUAUCCCCCAAGAAAAAGAAAAGGAAAAGAGAAAGGAAUUCAUCCCAAAUGGCUAAGCUUAGUAGAGCGAGUGGUAGCAAAAUGAGUGGCAUUGUGAAGCUCAGGAUUGUGGUGGAGAAGCUACAAAAGACCCUAUCACUCAGUAGGAGAUCGCCAUAUCCAUGGUCAUCUUCUUAUCACCAAGAGGAUGACUAUUGCGAAGAUGCGAACGAGUGCGAGAACAAUGGCGAUGUCGUUCCCGACGAUGUGAAGGAAGGUCACUUUGCAGUGGUGGCUUUGGAAGGAGACCAGCCCAAGAGGUUCGUGAUCCCCUUGAGCUACCUAGCGCACCCCACGUUCCUUAGGCUCCUGGAGCAGGCAGCCGAAGAAUAUGGGUUCGACCAUGGCGGUGCACUUGCCAUCCCUUGCGAGCCUGGCGAGCUUGAGAGGAUUUUGGCUAAAUAGAAUCUAGAGAGAGAUGACCCUUUAAGUCUAAUAAUUUAGCGUGGCAAAGAGGAGGAAUCGACUAGGGGAGCGACCUUAGAUGAAUUCAUGUGCGGUAAAAUUGGUCAGCACUAUCGUUAUGUCUCCCUUAGAACUUUUCGUAUCCAAAAGUACGAGAUAAGUUAGGCUUUUUUGCCUAGCCUUCUUAUAGAUUAGUGGUGCCAAGCAAUUUGAUGAUGGCGACUCUUCCCCUAGUCCCCAUGUAUUUACUUGUACUUGAGCUCUUUGGAGGCCAUAUGGUUCAGUUAGUCA